AUGUUCAACCGAUGGACGUUCCAGCAAUACCUUACUGUGCCAUCUAGAUACCUGACACCUAUUCUUGACACCGUGAGCUCUGAGGUAUAUGCACCAAUGCUGUGCGCAGAACUGACCUCUUGCACGGCGCUACGCAAAUUCACAGCUAGUCUGGGCGAUUGGGUUGUUGUGUCGGGUGCCGGUGGUGGCUUGGGACAUCUAGUCACGUCGAUAGCAGCAAGACCGUUUGGGCACCGCGUCGUUGGUAUAGAUUAUGCAAGUAAGGAAGAUGUUGUGGAUGAGAGUAGAGCUAAGAUCUUCAUUGAUGUAGUGACGCCCGGCUACGAAUUGGUCUCCGAGGUCAAAAAGGUCACCAACAACCUCGGCGCCAACGCGGUAGUGACGAGAACGUUGGGCGAGUUAACGGAGGUCUAUAAGGAGAUGCAAAAUAUCUCACAGCAAUAG